GACCUUGAUAAGUUACGGAUAAUUUCAGCCGUUCAGCAUCGUAACGAAAAGCGUAAUGAAAUUGAACUUAGACAUUUGUGUAACUAUUUGAAAAGUGUUCAAGGCCAUCUACACGUAUACGGUUGACGCGGUGAUGGUUUGGUUUUUGGUUACUUUCCUUACCUUGACUCUCAAAUUGGCUGCCUCGUGUGAUGAGUUUGACGUUAGAGCAGUCUCGUACUCAGCAAGUGAAGCAGUGUUGUCCACUGAAACCGUUAUUUUGAUUGAAGGUGAAGCUAAAUGUAAAGGGAAGGGAUCUCCAGACCUUUUCGCUGAACUAAAUGGAGUUUUCCAACCAGUUAGUCGUCAUAUUGAAACAGACAAUUUCCAAGUGACAUUUGUUUUCAACCAUAAAAGUAUCCCUAAAGGAGAUUAUCUAGUCCGUUUUUAUAACGAUAAAGGCGUAACAGCUUUCCUGCGUUCAAUGAAGGGUGGUGUAACUCCUGACGUACAACCAGUCUUCACAGUUCCCGUACGACAUAAAGGUAUAUCUUACAAGCCAGUUGUGUACCUUGAAACGGUAGCACUGUUGACAAUCCUUUUGAUAGCACUUGGAGCUAUUAUCACUAAGAACAAGUCAUUCUAAAUUUAUUGCUAGUUAUGUUCUUAUUUUUAUUGUACAUGUAUAACGCUGUAAAUUAUUUGUACUUUUUCUUACUUAUUUUGGAAACCGCUGAUAUUUAAUAAAAUAAAAAUCAAGCGGACUUUAAUCUCGAUGAAUACGUUCUGUCAGUGUAUGGUAUGUGAAUGUUUCACAGGUAUUUCUGUGAACUUUAGUCGUCUGAUUUUUCUCGGAAGUUUCAUCCUCACACACUUUUUAUACGGAUUUAGCUGAAGAGGGCCUCAAAUCACUGAAUCGGUCUAUUAUGCGAAUAACAAUCCUA